AAUCCACCACUAUUUCAAAUUCUCUUUUCUAGGACAAUAAAAAAAAGUACAUCAAGUAAAUUAAAAACCCUUGUUCCGAUUACGUUUAGAUAACUAUAGACACGCUAUAUUUGAAUGAUUUGUGAUUAUCAGCAACUCUACGCCCAAAAAGGUCACUGAACCCAACGCGCAAGCCCCGUGCUACGCCACGUGACUCCCUAAACAUGUUUCCCGUUACGAUCAUUACGUUGGCUCACCGAGCUUCAUUUCCAUGGCCAUUGGUCAGUCUGGAUCGAGUGUGAGACACGAACGACGUAUGAUUUCACGCGUGCACCGGUUACUUCCCAAAACGAUGGUUUAACCGUUCCAAACGAAUAAGUUGUUAGUGAGACAGUGUAAUUUAGUGACAUUGACUGCAUGUAUGUAGUUACAAAUAGAAAAGUUUUUAGCUGAAGUGUUUUGUUACAUCCUUGCCCUUGAACGCAAUGAAGUCAAUCAUCGUAGCAUUCGCUUUACUUAUCGCACUAGCGCAUACCGCUAAUGCCCUCAAUAUCCUAGGUAUAUUUCCGUAUCAUGGAACUAGCCACUUCUUAGUGUUCCGCGUGUAUCUUCUGGGACUCGUUAAUAAAGGACAUAAUGUUACCGUUAUAUCGCACUUUCCGGAAAAGAAUCCGCCGCCUAAUUAUCACAGUAUCAGCUUGGCAGGAACUAUAGAAAUACUUAAAGAUGACAUGCCGAUAGAAAAGUCAUAUAAAACCAUCUUCAACACAGGAUUAUUCUUAACAUCCACUGGUAAGCAGAACUGUGAAGUGAUGCUCAAGAACAAAAAAGUGCGUGAUUUAAUCGAUUCUAAAGCUAAAUUCGAUGUGAUAGUCGUUGAACAAUUUAACAGCGACUGUGCAUUCGGUAUUGCAUACAAACUGAACGCUCCCGUAGUCGGCAUGAUGUCCCAUAUAUUAAUGCCUUGGCAUUAUAGGAGACUAGGCAUCCCAUACAACACAGCGUACGUGCCUUUUCACUUCUUAGAAGGAGGUUCUAAGCCUACGCUAUACCAAAGAAUAGAAAGACUAUUAUUUGAUGUCACCUUCAGAACGCUUUACUAUUUCUUAUCGCAAAGAAGCAACCAGAACACCCUCGCUGAGUACUACGAUGAUAUUCCGCCCUUGGAAGAUUUGGCUAGAGAGAUGAAGUUCCUUCUUGUAUACCACAACUUUGUGCUAACUGGAUCCAGGCUUUUCCCGCCUAAUGUAAUUGAAGUCGGCGGUUACCAUGUCGAAAGGGCCAAAUCUUUAGCGGGCGCUUUGAAGACAUUUGUUGAAGAAGCGAAACAUGGUGUAGUUUAUAUAAGCUUCGGAUCCGUGAUCAAUCCAUCCUCUUUGUCUCCUGAGAGGGUGCAGACCAUUUUGGACGUAAUGGCCCAACUGCCGCAGAGGUUUAUCUGGAAGUGGAGUAACAAGACUGUAGCUGUUGCUCAGGAUAAACUUUACACUGGCAGUUGGCUGCCUCAGAUUGAUAUUUUGGGUCAUCCAAAUACGUUGGCCUUUUUCUCCCAUGCCGGGAUGGGUGGCACUACUGAAGCCAUACAUUACGGCGUGCCAAUAGUUGCCAUGCCAGUUUUGGGCGACCAGCCUGCAAAUGGAGCUGCCAUAGAAGAAAGCGGACUAGGAGUGCAAGUUCAAAUAAGGGAUUUAAAUAAAGAAAAUCUGCUGGCAGCAUUCCGAAAAGUUUUAGAUCCCAAGUUUAGAGAAAGAGUGAAGCAGAUUUCCAAGGCAUGGCAUGAUCGACCAAUGCGUCCGCUAGACACAGCAAUCUACUGGACCGAGUUCGCAGCUCGGCACAGUAACUUCACAUUUAGAGCUGCGGCUGCCGACACACCUUUAUAUCAACAUUUCUACUUAGAUAUUAUAGGCGUAUUGUUCAUCUCCUUAUAUGUUAUUACAAAAGUUUUAAGUUUGUUAUUCAGCUUAUGCAAAUCGAAGCCAAGAGUCAAAAAUGUCAAAGCAGAUAACAAAAAGACAAAUAAGAAGUCAAAGCGUGAAUGACAACACAGGUAAUAACAGUCACGCAUUAAGUACUUUUAAAGGCCUUCUAUACAUUUUUACUAAUGAACCUGCGUUGACGAGAAACAGCGGCGCACUAAGUUGAAUUUACCUCCUCGCAUCGCUCGUCAGGCAAAUUUCUGCAGCGACGCGCUUCGAUUCGACUCGGCGCACCUCAGUCAACGCAGGGUGGUGCGGCGCCGCGCCGUGGCUUUUUGUCAACAGACAGUUUCAUAGUAGAUGUAUAGAAGGAGAUAAGGUUGGCGUCGACUACAGUCGAAUCGAGCCGCGUUGAAUUGUGUCGCAUUUGAUCCGUGUGCGUUCAUCACAGGCGAAUUAUUGCGAUUCGAUUCGCCUCGGCGAGCCUAGUGGACGCCAGCCUUAAAUAAGUAGGUAGGUAAGCUAACUUUGCACUGACUUGAACAGAGUGAGAACGUGUCAUUAAACGUCAUAUUUUCAUAGAAAUUUUACAUUAAUGAUGACGUGGCCACACUUUUUCAUAGCAAAUGCCAUGCAAAGUUAUUAGCUUGAUGGGACUUGCUUGCUUGAUUGCCGCUAUAGUUACUUAAACAGAUUAUAUGAGAUUUAAUCAUUUUAUUUCAUCUUAAAGAUCGUUUUUCAUCAUAUGGAACCCUCGGACGUAAAUCUAAAGCGGGCCGUGUAAGUCUUUACUAUUUUGCCAAUCAAAGUUGAACCGUAUCACCGAGCAAGAGAUGUGAUCAUAGAAGACUAGAGAUAGCGAUCCAAAAGUGUAUAAUCAAACCAGUUUAAUUGGAACAAUGGAACAAUGUAGAUUGACGGCUGAACAUUAUACAAAGUCACCCGCCAAGAUUUGCAUUUGCACCAAGUGUCUGUAAGUACAGUCGCUAUCAGAUAUAUCGAGCGGUCAAAGCGCUUACAAAUAUCUGAACAUGCCUCUAUUAUCAAGGCGUUAAAGUGCUUGUUCAGAUAUUUUUAGCACCUCGGCCACUCUGAUAUAUCUGAUGGCGACUUUAGGUACAUUUGUCACUGCCAAAAGUGCCAAGUUCGUGCAAACUUGGUCGUUAUCUAUUUCAGUUCGAAAACAAACAUUACCAGCUAGGGGCCUAGCCAAAGUGACAAUUGUACAUCGACAAAUUCUAAACGAAUAGAAAAAAUGUAUCGGGAUAACAGGGCCUUUCUCUGUCACUCUAAUUACGCCUUAAUUGGAAUAAAAUAGAAAGAUGUCCGCAAUUUGCGAACUUCGUGGAAUUUUAUAUUAACAAUUAUCAUCAUGGCUAGGCCCCCUGGUGUUCAAAAUGGUAUCUCAAGUAUUGGUAAUUUAUUUGCAACCAUUGUGAUAUGAUUGUGAUGUACUUGAAAUAUAGCAUAGAUGAAUUUAUAAAAAGAAAGAGUUUUAUUGUUUUUAAUUUUGCAUAGAGAAGGGUGCUGGGCCCAUAACCUGAAACGACUUUGUAGCGUGUGAUUUAAGCUAGUGAUACACGUACAAGAAGGACCUUUAUCACAUCAUUACUCAUGUAAUCAUUUUAAACAAGAUCUGGAGCAAACUGCAAUUUUAUUA